AUGCGAGCUCCAUGGGAAAGCGAUGUCAACUUCCCUUCCUCCUCUUCCUCCCCUGUAGCGGCGAUUGACGCCGUGGCCGAGGCCGACGAGGAGGCGAAAGCGUUCUUGGCGGAGAUGAACGAGAAUUGGAACGAGCGACAAAGAGGAUUGAAGGAGAAGGAGAAGAGGGAAGAAAAUGGCGCGCUUUACAGCGUGAAGAAUAUGAAGAAGGAUUAUCGACUGAAGAAGCAGAGGCUACACGUUGGACUGUGGUUGAAGGAGAUUGAGAAGCUCGAGGAGGCAAAAUUGGCCGAUUCUGACAUUUCUGUUGGCAAUGACAUUCAGAGAUUGAUUAGUAGUUGCUCUGAGUAUACCUCUCAUUCUCUUACCCCCUUUUAA